AUGGCGUACAUGCACUUGGAAAAGGUUGCUGUGGCCUGUGCUCUCAAUCUCAAAAGAGAUGCUGGUAAUGAGCAAACAUUGGCACAUUCGUCAACUUUGAAAAGAGUAGCGAGGAAGCUGUUGGUUGAUCCAGACAGCGUACGCCCACUACGACGCGCCAAGAGGCGAUGGGUCCUGAGUACCAUUGAGGUUGAAGAAGGAGAUCCUGGCCCUUUUCCCAAGUUUGCUGCAAAUCUUUUCAAUGACAGGGAAAAGAACAUUACCAUUAAAUACCUAAUCAGUGGUCCAGGAGUUGAUGAGAAUCCACGUGGAUAUUUUUCCAUUGAUGAGAAAACUGGGGAAGUGUAUAUGCUUAAGACCAUAGAUCGGGAAGAAACGCCCACCUUUGCAAUCAAGUUUGAUGUAGCUGACCAGAGAACGGGAAUAAUAGCUGACAAGUCCUUGGUGUUUAAUAUUGAUGUAAAAGAUAAAAAUGACAAUGCUCCAAAGUUCAAGCUGCCAGUAGUAGAUGUCCCUUUGAAAGAGAACGCUCCAGCAGGGAGUGGUGUCUUUCUACUGCAAGCUGAAGACAUUGACAAACGUGGCACCCCCAAUUCAGAAUUCUCCUAUUCUGUUGUUUCUCAGGAGCCUCUCUCAACAAAAAAUAAAUUCACCAUUAAUCCAGAUACUGGCAUUGUGUCUUUUGAAGGGUGUCUGGAUUAUCAGUCUGCCAAGUCCUACAAGAUACUUGUUGAAGCGAAAGAUCACGGAGAACCACAACUUUCAUCCACGGCUACGAUGAACAUCCAAAUUGAAGACACUAACAAUAACCCACCUGUGUUUGUUAAGAAAGAGUUCACAGGAAGCGUGAAGGAACAGCAGGUAGGUGUGCCUGUAUUAAGGGUCAGUGUGGAAGACAAAGACACGCCCAAUACACCAGCAUGGAGAGCCAAGUAUACCAUAGCAAAAGGCAAUGAAGAUGGGAAUUACAAGAUAGAGACUGACCCACAAACAAACGAUGGAGUCCUCACAGUAGUCAAGCCCAUGGACUAUGAGAAUGGAUCACAGAAUGAGCUGGUGAUUUCAGUGGAGAACGAGGAGCCUCUUUACAUUUGCCCCGGAGCGGGACGUAGUACCCCUGCAGCAGGGGGGCACAGUGUCCCUGUGGUCGUCAAUGUUGAGGACGUCAAUGACCCUCCCCGUUUUGAGCGUGACAAGAUUACAGUCUACCAGACUGAGGGCACCAAGGCCCCAAUACAGCUUGGCAAGGUUCAUGCAGUAGACCCGGAUGCAGCACACAGUACUCUAAGGUAUGAAAUACCUGCAGGCAGUGACCCAGCGAAAUGGUUAACAAUUGAUAAAAACACUGGCGAGGUUACAGCCAUUGCAGAAAUGGACAGAGAAUCUCCCUAUGUUAACAACAGCAUUUACUCUGUGAUUGUGCUUGCUAUUGAUGACGGUAAGCCCCCAGAGACUGGCACAGCCACAGUGUUCAUCCAUUUGGCGGAUAUCAAUGACAACAGCCCCUUCCUAGUCUCCAAAUACUUGUACAUGUGUGACAACCCGAAAAAUACCUCCAUCUUAGUAAAGGCUGAAGACAAAGACAUUGAGCCAUACUCAGGACCCUUCAACUUCCAGCUCCUGGACAAGGGGAAUAAUGUGAUGAACACAUGGAAACUGGAGCAACUACUGGGGGAGUCCAUUAAACUUUUAAGGCUGCGAGAACUGCCACCUGGCAACUACACAGUGCCUUUGAAAAUCUUUGACCAGCAGGGCUCAGCGGCAGAGGAGGACCUCGUGUUAAGAAUCUGCGAGUGCUCUCAAGAGGGCGUCUGUAAACCUUUGGAAGCUCAGUCGACCAGUUUUGGAGGAGCUGCUAUUGGUGCUCUGAUAGGAGCUCUUCUACUGAUGCUGUUACUCUUGCUCUGUUGUAUGCACUGUGACUGCGGUGGAAAGAUGAUCAGAGAGUUCCCUCCAGGCACUGCUGAAGAAGGAAACCAGACCCUCAUCAAGUACAGUGACGAAGGAGGUGGCUGCUGUUCUCAGGCUUCCCUACCAGUCUUUAUGCCUUUACCUACAGCUGACCAUGGAAUGACAAAGAACGGCAUGCAGAUUGUCCAGUGUGGAAAUGGGUUUCAAAAGAGGAGCAGUCAGAAUAUGACUGUAUUUGAAUCGGAGGGAGCCACCCUGACGUUACCUCAACGCAGCUCCUGGGGCUUGAGGGAGGACAAGAUGUAUGGGAGGCAUGCUGAUACAGUCAGGUACUCCAGAACAAUGAGCCUUCAAGAACGGCAUCUGGAAUCUGAAAGAAAGAAUCUGCAAGAGAAGAUCGCUACGAGGCUGUAUGCCCUUAAUGGUUUAGAUGCCAACUUUAAUAACAAUGAGCUACACGUCUAUGCUGAGGAGGGUGAGCUCCACAAAGUCCAUUCCCUGGAUGACAUUAGUAUUGCCGACAGCAGCCAAGGAAUGGACUUCCUGAAAGACUUGGGGCCAAAGUUCAGCACGCUGGGAAGAGUCUGCCAAGAGGACCUGGAGCAGAAAGGCUUUACAUUGAAGUCAGUAACAAAGGGUUAUUGACCUACAUGCUGUGCACUCGGAUUAUAGCAAGUGACCCCUUUGUGCAAUCUCCAUCUAGUGCAGUAGGCACAUUGAGCACAUUCAUAAACUUUCUUAUGUUCUUAUAUGAAUGUUUUGGUACUUGCAAAUGAUUCAUUUUGUAUUAUAUCCAAUUAUUUUACUUCCAGUCACAAGUUGCUGAAAGUUUUGCUGUGUUCCACACCUUGAAAAAAUGCUGCCUUAAAGCACACAGUAUUCAUACACCAUCAUUAGAGGUCUCACCCUGUGCAGUUCUGCAGAUACAACAAAGGAGAGUUUAUCCCCGAGGUAAUUCUGAUGUAAACUAUAUUGAUAAAAGCUACUUUAACAGUAUAAUUGCAUACAGUAUUACUGGCAAACGUUAUGCAAGUUGGCAUCAAGUUCAUACAUGAACCCAAGUACAAAACCACAUCUAGAGACAAACCCUAUUCAGAGCUUCUAUAAAAUCCUGUUAGAUAUUCUAAAUGUCAUUCCAUGUAGAAAGUAGUCAUGCAACGCAUGCUCAUUUUCGUAUCACUGCUGAGCAGCCACUUGUAUUAAGCAUUAAGGCCUCCCUCAGCACAUAAGAGGCCUCCCAUUUAAACCACUGGGAACAGUAGCAGGCUUUCAGAUUGCUAGCGUACAAUUUCCGAGAUUUGUAAUUUAGCACUGAUGUUAGACAUGCACGCGCUGAACAGUGUUUAAAUAGAGGAUACGCCUUGGCUGUUCUGAAACGUGCAGCGAGGUCUGGAGGCCUUCCUGUCAAGUCACAUGAGUAUAUUGCAUUCCACACUGUUAUGCAUUCUGUCUGUUGCCCAUGUCUUGUGUAAUAUUUGUAUUUUUAGUUUAUGGCGGUAACUGGAGUUAAAGUUGAUGCGCGGCUAAAAUGCCUGAAGGCUGGAGGUAGGGUGUUCACAUGUCUAAAAGAAGACUACAACGAAGGGGCAACCCUAAAGGCACACAGUGAAAUCAGACUGGACCCAAAAGAUGUGCAAUUCCUAGCAUUUUGACUGAGUGUGUCUUGUGGUGUGUUAUAAUUGUGUCACACAAUACAGUGGACACUUAUUCAAACUUUCUAGGGUUUUUUGUUUUGUUUUGUUUAGUACACUAACUAUUAGAAAUAAAAUUAAAACGAUCCAGCAUGAUUUUUUGUCAAAGUUUGGUUUCUACAGGUGUUUUGCUUCUUAGAUAAUACAUUUUUUAACUCUGUUGUUUUCAAAAAUUGCAUUGCAAAGUUUUUUUUUUUUUUUACAUAAACAAAUCCGCAUAUAAGACAUGCUUUUCUAUUUAAACACAUUUAAAAAAAUCAAUAAAUAAUGGUCUGCAAGGGAAGGUUACAUACAUUUAUGGUGAUGGUUAUGUGUUAAGCUUGUUAGAGAUUUUAGUUUUACAUUUUUGAGGUGGUGGUGUAUGUUUUCAAAAGAAUUCACUAUGAAGAUUGCUGUACUGUUUGUAUGUGUAUUACAAUGUUAAUAUAAUGCACUAUGACGAUUGCUCUACUGUUUGUAUGUUAAUUACAAUGUUAAUAUAAUGCACAAUAAAGAUUGCUCUACUGUUUGUAUGUGUAUUACAAUAUUAAUAUAGUGAAGUUGAUGACGACUAUUAGAAGAUUGUGGAUUUUUUUCUCAAAGUACCCAGGAAAAUGUUACCCAAAGAACACUUCAUAGCCUAGACAGAUUCUCACAAACAUGUACAUUUUAAAAAUAAAGAUUUGUGUAUUA